CGACUCCGAGGCGGUACGUCGACUACGAAAUCAACAGUAUGCGUGUCAUAGCGCCCCAAAUGUGGGCUGUCAUCCGGUACCACAGCCUGCGUCGCCUGUACGUCGAGGUCGGCGGCGACCGCAACUUCGAGCUUCUUUGGGAGCUUCUGGUCUUCUGCCCGAACCUAACCGAGCUUCACGUUCACUUCGUGCGAGGAACUUUCUCGAGUGCUCUGGUUCAGUGUCACCGGAUUCACGAACAGCUGGACCGACUGGAAACGUUCACGUUCACCUCCGAAAUGCCGGCCUCCGUCCCGCUUCCGUACGGGCCGGAUCCAUCUUUGGCGUUCGCGAACUGCGCUACCCUCUGCGCCAACGUCUGUCACGACAAGCCGCACGACUGGUGGAGCUGCGUCGAACUGAGUCGCCUCGUACUCAGCCGGGACCGAGUGCUCAUUCUUCCGUCGCAGCUGGUCGCGUUUGCCGUCGGCGACUUCACGGCAGGGAUGUCCUUCCAGGAGGCGAGCCGACGACACAGCUGGGCACGCGUCCGCAAACUCUGUCUCCUGCUGCUCCCGCCGGAGCCCUCCGUCGUGUGGUACCCGACGGCGGGAGCCAAGUGCCGCGACUACCUGGAACGUUUCUCCUUUGCGCUGGACAGCAUCGUCGAGCUGAACGUCAGUUCAUUUCACUUUCGCCUCGACGUCGACCUGAGGAAACUUCUCCGGGAUACCCCGCUGGGGCGCCGCCUGCUUGCGCUCUCGGCGCCCCCGUGUUGGUUUCCGAGGAGCUCAUCUGUGCGCGGGCUGCCGCUUGGUUGCCCCAACCUUAGAGACCUGGACGUGCGCGUCGUGAGCCCGGGGGGUCACUUGCGCUGCGCUUCCUGCCAUAACCUCCUCUUCAGGACCGACGCCGUCCAGGAACCGUCCGAUGCGGCCACGUCGUCGACCACUAGCAUCGCCAGGCUGACCCUGUGUGACGUGCCUUAUGAGGUACUACCCUGGUACCUCGAGUGUUACCGAGCUGCUGCGACGCUUCGACUUGCCGAGUGGCGCCUUGUCGGGAGCCCGCCAUUCGGCCAUUUGUGCGGUCUUCUUGGCGAGUGCGUAGCUAUCCGCUGCCUCGUGCUGCAGCAUCGCGACCUGCCGAUCAACGAUCAGCAUCUUCAGGCCAGCUUGUCGCGGAUGACCAGCCUGCAGCACCUGUGCCUUCUGACGUCGACACGAGUCUCCGACAUGAAUGUGUUGAAUUGUGUCCGUGACUCCGUCUCCCGCGCAGCUCAGCUGAAGUGCGUUCACAUACACUACAAGCGCGACACCGACGGCUGGGAUCAACGAGUCACCUGGCUAAAUCGACGCCAAGGCGAAGUCCUGCUACAAGAAGGUCCCUGCUUCGCGUGUUGCUCGACGGCGACGUUCAUCGGACUGGUCAAGCCGGUCAAUCGCGACUGUGAGGUGGACCUGUAAGCUGAAUUAAGGGAUACUCCUGUUAUGAGAGUUUUGCUUAAUUCGAUUUUAAGGUAAUAAUAAUUGGAGCAUUGAAGGGUGGAUCAUUAUAGGUUAGAGCAUUAAACAUUAAAGUUUAAUGCUUCCGGUUGUAAACAUUAAGGUGGUUGGACGUCUUUUGAUAAAGGGUCCAAAAAGUCAGCGUCCAAACAGACAGCGUCGAGUCUCUCGUCUUUACUACAUAUAUUAAGGUGAAAUCCUUAGAUGCCUCAUCAAACGUGAGGGGUGACCGUCGUAGGCGUCAACGGGAGCGGUGCAAAAAGACCAUCACGUGAGCACGUCACCCAUCACGACUUUUCGGCAGAUCUUACCUAAAUACACAGGAACGCAGAAAAUUAUUUGCUUACUUUUUUCUCGCCAGUCGACAGCAAAAGUGGCGAGGCCCGCUGCGUUGAAAGGGGCUUCAAAGGGACGUUGUAAUGUGCCACCUAUAGCAGACGUUCCACCGAAAGCAUUUUUCAAUAUUGGUUCAUUACUGGACACGUCAGAAGGGAUUGCAGUGUCCUUUAUGUUGCUUUUUCCGGUCCUUUACAACGCGUUGCUGAAACGGCCCUGAAAAAAAGUCUCACGGGGUCUCUCGUGCAUACCCCCGAGGCGACUGGAAGGCAAAAGCCAUAUUCUGCUGUUUCUUCGCAAAUGAUGUAUUGUCUGGAAAUGGAAAUUCAUGCAUCAGCCAGCAGGGGCGUAGCCA